GGCGAUGACCGCCUGCGCCCGCCGAGCGGGUGGGCUUCCGGACCCCGGGCUCUGCGGCCCCGCGCGGUGGGCUCCGGCCCUGUCCCGCCUCCCCGGGGCCCUGCUCAGGCUCCCGCUCCUGCUGCUCCUGCUGCUCCUCCUCCUACUGCAGCCCUCCGCCCUCUCCGCCGAGUUCACGGUCGGGGUCCUGGGCCCCUGGGCUUGCGACCCCAUCUUCUCCAGGGCCCGCCCAGACCUGGCCGCCCGCCUGGCCUCCGCCCGCCUGAACCGCGACCCCAGCCUGGCCGGCGGCCCCCGCUUCGAGGUGGCGCUGCUGUCCGAGCCGUGCCGGACGCCGGGCUCGCUAGGGGCCGUGUCCUCCGCGCUGGCCCGCGUGUCGGGCCUCGUGGGUCCAGUGAACCCUGCAGCCUGCCGGCCGGCCGAGCUACUCGCCGAAGAGGCCGGAAUCGCGCUGGUGCCCUGGGGCUGCCCUGGGACGCAGGCGGCGGGUACCACGGCCCCUGUAGUGACCCCGGCCGCAGACGCCCUCUACGCCCUGCUUCGCGCAUUCGGCUGGGCGCGCGUGGCCCUGGUCACCGCCCCCCAGGACCUGUGGGUGGAGGCGGGACUCUCAUUGUCCACGGCGCUCAGGGCCCGGGGCCUUCCGGUAGUCUCCGUGACCUCCAUGGAGCCCUUGGACCUGUCUGGAGCCCGGGAGGCCCUGAGGAAGGUCCGGAACGGGCCCAGGGUCACAGCAGUGAUCAUGGUGAUGCACUCGGUGCUGCUCGGCGGCGAGGAGCAGCGCUACCUCCUGGAGGCCGCAGAGGAGCUGGGCCUGACGGAUGGCUCCCUGGUCUUCCUGCCCUUCGACACGAUCCACUACGCCUUGUCCCCAGGCCGGGAGGCGUUGGCCGCACUCGCCAACAGCUCCCAGCUUCGUAAGGCCCAUGAUGCCGUGCUCACCCUCACGCGCCACUGUCCAUCUGAAGGCAGCGUGCUGGACAGCCUGCGCAAGGCCCAACAGCGCCGCGAGCUGCCCUCUGACCUCAAUCUGCAGCAGGUCUCCCCACUCUUUGGCACCAUCUACGAUGCGGUCGUCUUGCUGGCGAGGGGCGUGGCAGACGCGCGGGCUGCCGCAGGGGGCAGAUGGGUGUCUGGAGCAGCUGUGGCCCGCCAUGUCUGGGAUGCGCAGGCCCCUGGCUUCUGCGGGGACCUAGGAGGAGACGAGGAGCCCUCGUUCGUGCUGCUAGACACGGACGCAGCGGGGGACCAGCUUUUUGCCACAUACAUGCUGGAUCCUGCCCGGGGCUCCCUCCUCUCUGCGGGGACUCCGAUGCACUUCCCGCGUGGGGGACCAGCACCCGGGCCUGACCCGUCAUGCUGGUUCGAUCCAAACAACAUCUGCGAUGGAGGACUGGAGCCGGGCCUCGUCUUUCUUGGCUUCCUCCUGGUGGUUGGGAUGGGGCUGGCUGGUGCCUUGCUGGCCCAUUAUGUGAGGCACCAGCUACUUCACAUUCAAAUGGUCUCCGGCCCCAACAAGAUCAUCCUGACUGUGGACGACAUCACCUUUCUCCACCCACAUGGGGGUGCCUCUCGAAAGGUGGCCCAGGGGAGUCGAUCAAGUCUGGCUGCCCGCAGCACAUCAGACAUUCGCAGUGGCCCUAGCCAACCCUCAGACAGCCCCAACAUUGGUGUCUAUGAGGGAGACAGGGUUUGGCUGAAGAAAUUCCCAGGGGAGCAACACGUAGCUAUCCGCCCAGCAACUAAGACAGCCUUCUCCAAGCUCCAGGAGCUUCGGCACGAGAACGUGGCCCUCUACCUGGGGCUCUUCCUGGCUCGGGGAGCAGAAGGCCCUGCUGCCCUCUGGGAUGGCAGCCUGGCUGUGGUCUCAGAACACUGCACGCGGGGCUCCCUCCAGGACCUCCUCACUCAGAGAGAGAUAAAGUUGGACUGGAUGUUCAAGUCCUCCCUCCUGCUGGACCUUAUCAAGGGAAUAAGGUAUCUGCACCAUCGAGGUGUAGCUCAUGGGCGGCUGAAGUCACGGAACUGUAUAGUGGACGGCAGAUUCGUCCUCAAGAUCACUGACCAUGGCCAUGGGAGACUGCUGGAAGCGCAGAAGCUGCUACCAGAGCCUCCCAAAGCAGAGGACUUGCUGUGGACAGCCCCCGAGCUGCUCAGGGACCCGGCCCUGGAGCGCAAGGGGACGUUGGCCGGCGACGUCUUUAGCCUGGGCAUCAUCAUGCAGGAAGUGGUAUGCCGAAGUGCCCCUUACGCCAUGUUGGAGCUGACUCCUGAGGAAGUGGUGCAGAGGGUACGGAGCCCCCCUCCUCUGUGUCGGCCAUUGGUGUCCAUGGACCAGGCACCAGUAGAGUGCAUCCACCUGAUGAAGCAGUGCUGGGCGGAGCAGCCAGAACUUCGGCCUUCCAUGGACCUCACCUUCGACCUGUUCAAGAACAUCAACAAGGGCCGGAAGACAAACAUCAUUGACUCCAUGCUUCGGAUGCUGGAGCAGUACUCCAGUAACCUGGAGGACUUGAUCCGGGAGCGAACAGAGGAGCUGGAGCUGGAAAAGCAGAAGACAGACCGGCUGCUGACACAGAUGUUGCCUCCGUCUGUGGCUGAGGCCUUGAAGACAGGGACACCAGUGGAGCCUGAGUACUUUGAGCAAGUGACACUGUACUUCAGUGACAUUGUGGGUUUCACCACCAUCUCUGCCAUGAGUGAGCCCAUUGAGGUGGUGGACCUGCUCAACGACCUCUACACGCUGUUUGAUGCCAUCAUUGGUUCCCACGAUGUCUACAAGGUGGAGACAAUAGGGGACGCCUAUAUGGUGGCCUCGGGGCUGCCUCAGCGGAAUGGGCAGCGGCACGCGGCAGAGAUCGCCAACAUGUCGCUGGACAUCCUCAGCGCCGUGGGCACCUUCCGCAUGCGCCAUAUGCCUGAGGUGCCCGUGCGCAUCCGCAUUGGCCUGCACUCGGGUCCAUGCGUGGCGGGCGUGGUGGGCCUCACCAUGCCGCGGUACUGCCUGUUUGGGGACACGGUCAACACCGCCUCGCGCAUGGAGUCCACCGGGCUGCCUUACCGCAUCCACGUGAACUUGAGCACUGUGGGGAUUCUCCGAGCUCUGGACUCGGGCUACCAGGUGGAGCUGCGAGGCCGCACCGAGCUGAAGGGCAAGGGCGCCGAGGACACUUUCUGGCUAGUAGGCAGACGCGGCUUCAACAAGCCCAUCCCCAAACCGCCUGACCUGCAACCGGGGGCCAGCAACCACGGCAUCAGCCUGCAGGAGAUCCCACCCGAGCGGCGACGGAAGCUGGAGAAGGCGCGGCCUGGCCAGUUCUCUUGAGAAGAUUGUUCUGGAAGGUCCUUUUCCUGAAAGUUGCUGCUAUAGGUGACCAGAAGUCUGGCUAAUGCUGGUGGACUCCGCCCAGCUCUGCCUCAAAGGAUUUUGGGCCUUUACAAGAGCUGGUUGCAAGCCAGCCAUGUGACCUUGGGAAAGUCUCACGCACUCUCUGCUGUGAUCCCCUCAGUGGCAAAAUGAGGGGUGGCCUAAAUGGUCUCCAUGGCCCCUGUGCACCUGACAGCUGGGUGGCUUGUGGCCCUCAGCUCUAGGAACCCUGAGUCCAUCAGGGAUGUCAGGGUCAGGGAUUCUCCGCUUCCCAGUGUCUCUCAAGGACCCAGGAAAGAGGAUCUGAGAUUGGAUGCCCCAGCCCCAGAGGAAGUGGAGUUCUCCUGUUCCACCAGAGAAGGGUUUGUCCCAUGGCCUGAGGGGGCAAGGGCUUCUGUUUAGCCUCAAGCUUCAUUCCCGUCUCCAUCUCCCACCAGUCAGAUACUGGCUCCUUCUGUGGGCAUAACCAGGUAACUUGCCCAAGUGCAGAGAAAAGCUUGCUUCAAGGCUUUGGGGAAAGGAAAGGAAAUUGCACCAAACCUUUACUAACCAGAACACCUGAAGCAGAGCAGCAUUCUCUGUUUAACUAGGAGCUGCUGAGCAAGCAGUUGGACAGAAAAUCCUCUCAGCUUAGAAAUUUUUUUUGUUUUUUUUGAGUUUUGCUUUGUCACCCAGGCUGGAGUACAGUGCAGUGACACAAUCUCGACUCACUGCAACCUCCACCUCCCAGAUUCAAACGAUUCUCCUGCCUCAGCCUUUUGAGUAGCUGGGAUUACAGGUGCCCACCACCAUGCCCAGGUAAUUUUUUGGUGAUGUUAGUAGAGACGGGGUUUCACCAUGUUGCCCAGGCUGGUCUUGAACUCCUGACCUCAAGUGAUCUGCCCACCUCGGCCUCCGAAAGUGCUGGGAUUACAGGUUGGGCCACUGCGCCUGACCUCUGCUUAGAUCUUUGCAACAAUUAUCAAUGCCCUGUCCUGGCAAGUCCCCAGCUGAAGUUUCCUUUGUGAAACUCUGAGUUUACAGAGCCUGGGCUUGGUGUGUUUGACUCUUGGUGUCCAUCACCGUUGCUACAGACCCUGGAAGAAGUUAGCAGCAGUGGCAGCCACCUAGGCUGCCACCAGUUGUAGUGAGUGUCUAGUCCCUGGAGGUAUGAAGGUAGAACUGGAGACAUCGUUGACCAGGGAUAGGACAGUGAGAGGGAAUUCCAAAACUAAACCCUCCCUACCCUAAGCGUGUUGGUGGGCCUGGGUCGAUAGAAAUGAAGGCUCUCAAUGCCCCGCCUCAGACCUGCUGAGUCAGCCCUGCAUUUUAACAAGUUCCCACAAGAUAUUGACAUGCUCGUUAAAUUUUCUGAAUCAUAGAACUAAAUCAUCCUAGGAUCCUUAAAUCUUGGAAUCUCUAAGAUUUCAUAAAAGCCAGCCUAGAAACUAGCCACCAAAUUUGUUUUGUUUGGCCUAUGGAGUGUUUUGUUUUGAGCUAACAUUUAAAAAUCAAGAGCUUCACAUUUUAAAAAUGUAUAGCAGAUUUCCUCCUUCUCUUGAGGUCAGAAGCCCCACAUGGGGCUUGCUUCACCACUUAACCACAAUCUGCUGCAGCGAAACAGCAACAGCCCCCUUUAUCCAGAUGUCGCCAUUCCCCACAGACUUCAAGAAACCAAGAUUUUCUGAACAUUCCUUUAUAUUCCCGCCUGGUGCCUACAGACAUUGACCUUGGGACUCCUUAGCAGAUAUUAGGAUGAUAGGGGCUCCUGGAGGGGGCUUUGCCUUUUUUUAAAAAAACUGAUUCAUGACUUCCACAAGCUUAGUGGUGUUCCCUUUCUUCCUAAAGGUAAAGGAAGAAUGUAUCAAAAAUAAAAAAUCCAGCGCUUGUGAGUUCUGGUUUACCUAAGGUGAUAUUGCUAGAGUGAGUAAUUUAGGGCAAUUUUAAAACAUUUUAAAUUCUGUUUAAAUAUGAUGGAUUAAAGAUGAAAAACAAAAACCAGACAUGCACACACACGAAUUUUUCAAAGUUAUUGACAUUCUGGAAGAUUUUCCUUAAUAUUUUCUCUGUACUUAGGUCCCAGGGAUUGAAGGGCAGAUUGACAUCUCUGGCCUUGGAUCUGACCGUGUGGACAGAGCUCUCAAUCCCCUGCCUCUUCCCUCCUGUUCCCGACCUGGCUCCCUUUCCCUUCCUUCCCUCUCUCCCUGCCUGCCAGGCUCUGGAGUAGUUCAUGGUGUGUGAUUUCAGCAGCCUCAAGGAAGAGUCCAGGAUUAAGUGCAGAGGGAUUAGCUUGAACAGGCUUGGCAGGGCUCCUCCUGGAAGCAGAGGAGGAUGAGCCAGAGGUUAGAUCCAGUUUGGAGGUGAAGUGGGCAGGACUGAGCCUGUCCCUUCCCAGCUUCACUCAGCCUCCUUCCCAGGCUGGCCUCAAUCUCAAGUGACAGGAUGUGAUGGGGAGAAGAGCCCUGACCCAUUCCCAGCUAGAAGAGCUUGGGGAACCCCCAUCCAGAGUUCACAGAUCUAGUGGGAAAAGAGAAGGGGGAAGAUGAAGCCUCAGUCUCCUCUCUACACCUCAGCCUCCCCUCUCUCUGUUCCUGUCUCCCUCUCUGCCCUAUUCUUCUCUCUCUGUGUCCCCGCCAGCCCCUUUCUGCCUGGCAGUCUCUCCUUGCCUUUCUCUACAGUUUCCACCAUUUCUCUGAAAAUCAUAUUUCCUGGGCCCAGUCAGUGUUCCGGUUGACCAGGCCUAGGAAGUACCCUGCUGACUCACGUCCUCCUCCCCCUGCUGUUCCCGGGACCUGGGCAGCUCCCAGCGCAUGAGAGCACCGGGGCCUGGCUCAGUCACUGGACAUCCCCCACCUUCAGAUGUGUUUACACUACCUCUGCCAGCUGGCCUGCGCCAGGAACCCACACUUAGGGUUGUCCUUGCCUUGCGGAUGGCUCUGCAGCUGGCAGAGCAGUGAUGGCCAAAGCAGGGACCUACCACGGCUGCGGCUUCAGUCCCACAGCAGAGGCUCUACAGCAUGUCCUGGGGCUCACCCGGCACCUUUUCUUUGUGCUGCCCCUCAGGAUCUGGGCCCUGCUCCCUGUCCCCAUCUGCAGUGGACCCCAGACACCCCCCUUUGAGGAGGUGGGGUGAACUGCUCCUUGGCAGGGAUUUGUGACACUGCAUUGCUGGGCUGUGUUCGCCGGGCUCUUGGGGACCUGGCACUGUGGAUACCAGGCCGUGUGCCAUGGUAUUUGGGUCCUGGGAGGGUGGCUGAAAUAAAGGCAUGCUGUCUUC